UCGGGAACCGUCGUGAACGUAACGUGAAAUAAUGAAUUUUGUUGUUCUAGAAUAUGGGUGAAUAUGUGCAAUAAUUUAUUUAACAUUGAUGUGUAAAGUGCUGUGUUUUGAAUAUAUCUGUGUAUUUUAAGUGUAAAAAUGGCAUCGGAUAAGAUUAAAGUUGCUGUUCGGGUUCGACCCUUCAAUAGGCGAGAAUUGGAGCUGGGGACACAAUGCGUCGUGGAAAUGGAAGGGCAACAAACCGUUCUGCAAUAUCCUCAGUCAGCACACGACAAAGAAAGAAAACAACCAAAGACGUUCGCGUUCGACCACUGUUUCUACUCACUCGAUUCAGCGCUGCCCAACUUUGCGUCACAGAAGACGGUGUUCGAAUGUCUCGGCCGGGACAUCCUCGACAAUGCAUUCGAUGGCUACAAUGCCUGCAUAUUUGCAUACGGACAGACAGGCUCUGGCAAAUCGUAUACGAUGAUGGGCGCGCCGGGCGCCGACGAGGGUGGCAUCAUACCGCGCCUCUGCGACGCGCUCUUCGAGAGGAUUGCCAGGCAGCAGUCGCCGCCAGCACUCACAUAUAAGGUGGAGGUGUCGUAUAUGGAGAUCUACAACGAGCGCGUGCAUGACUUGUUGGACCCGGAGACGACGCGACGCUCGUUGCGCGUGCGCGAGCACGCCGUGCUCGGACCCUACGUCGACGGUCUCUCGCAACUGGCAGUCACAUCUUUUCAGGACAUCGACAACUUGAUGACGGAGGGCAACAAGUCACGUACUGUAGCGGCUACCAACAUGAACAGUGAGUCAUCGCGGUCUCACGCUGUGUUCAGUGUGGUGCUAACCCAGACAUUGACGGACGCGGCGACCGGAGUAUCGGGAGAGAAGGCGGCCCGUCUCUCUCUUGUGGACUUGGCUGGUUCAGAGCGCGCGGUCAAGACCGGCGCGGUCGGCGAUAGGCUUAAAGAGGGAUCUAAUAUUAAUAAAUCACUAACAACGCUCGGCCUGGUGAUAUCAAAGCUGGCGGACCAGUCGUCGGGCAAGACCAACCGCGACAAGUUCGUGCCCUACAGGGACUCGGUGCUCACUUGGCUGCUCAAAGACAAUCUGGGUGGCAACAGCAAGACUGUUAUGGUUGCGACGGUGUCCCCCGCGGCCGACAACUACGAAGAGACGCUGUCUACUUUGCGGUACGCGGACCGCGCCAAGCGCAUCGUCAACCACGCCGUCGUCAACGAGGACCCCAACGCCCGCAUCAUCCGCGAGCUGCGGCAGGAGGUCGAGGCGCUCAAGGAGAUGCUCAAACACGCCACGGGUUCACCUGUGGGCGAGGAUGUGCACGAGCAGUUAGCUCAAAGCGAGCACCUGAUGAAGGAAAUGUCGCGCACGUGGGAAGAGAAACUAGUUGAAACAGGUCGUAUCCAGAGCGAGCGGCAACAUGCGCUAGAGAAGAUGGGCAUCAGCGUGCAGGCGAGCGGCAUCAAGGUGGAGAAGAACAAGUACUACCUCGUCAACCUCAACGCAGAUCCCUCACUCAACGAACUACUCGUAUAUUACCUAAAAGACCGGACGCUAGUGGGCGCAGACAGAUCAGCAGACAUCCAGCUGUCUGGUCUGGGCAUCCAGCCGCAGCACUGCGAGCUGGUGCUGGAGGGCGGCGCGCUGCUGAUGGUGCCGCGGGUUGGAGCUCGCUGCUUCCUCAAUGGUGCGCCAGUCGCCGCGCCAGCACGACUCGGACACGGAGACCGCAUACUUUGGGGCAACCAUCACUUCUUCAGAGUCAACUGUCCCAAAGAUACAACGGCGGCCGCAUCGGAGCCGCAGACUCCCGCUCAGCCGAUAGACUACAACUUCGCACGAGACGAGAUCAUGUUGAACGAGCUCAGCAACGAUCCCAUACAGACCGCCAUCUCACGCCUCGAGCGACAACACGAGGAGGACAAGCAAGUGGCGCUGGAGAAACAGAGACAGGAAUACGAGCGCCAGUUCCAACAGCUGAGAAAUAUCUUAUCGCCCACAACGCCGUACCCGCCGUACUCUUACGACCCACUAAAACUUGGUAAGAUGAGCGCGUGCACGCCGACGACUGCGGCGCGCGUGGAGCGCUGGGCGGCCGAGCGCGAUGACACAUUCCGGCGCUCGCUGGGCCGGCUGAAGGCGGACAUACUGCGAGCCAACGCCCUCGUGCAGGAAGCCAACUUCCUCGCUGAGGAGAUGCAUCGCAACACACGCUUCGGUGUCACGCUGCAGAUACCGCCGCAGAAUCUCUCACCCAACCGCAAGCGCGGUGCGUUCGUGUCGGAGCCCGCUAUAAUGGUGCGUCGCGGUACGCGCGGCGGACAAGUGUGGUCUAUGGAGAAGCUCGACAACAAGCUCGUGGACAUGCGCGACAUGUACGACGACUGGCGCAGACGACAGCAGCGAGGCGAGCAGCAACCAGAAGAGGAGUCAUGCGACAAAGCUCUGGAUCCAUUCUACGAGUCUCAAGAGAACCACAACCUGAUCGGCGUAGCUAAUGUGUUCUUGGAGGCGCUGUUCCACGAUGUGACCCUCGACUACCACACGCCCAUCAUCAGCCAGCAGGGUGAGGUGGCGGGCAGGCUGCAGGUGGAAAUAAGCAGAGUGGCUGGUCAGUUCCCGCAAGACAGGAUCUGCGAGGCGGCGUCAGAUAGCUCCGGUGAUAUGCGAGACGACGACGAACUUGUCGACCAAGCUUCGCAGCAGGUGACGAUCCGUGUGUGCGUUAAACAGGCUACUGGUCUGCCGCCAUCGCUGUCGCACUUUGUCUUCUGUCAGUACUCGUUAUGGGGAGGCGGCGACCCCGUAGUGGUGCCGCCCCUCGUGCCCGACGCCCCGCCCCCCUCGCCCCGCACUGGCCCCGCCCCACGCACCGGCCCCGCCCACGCCAGCCACCUCACUGUGAGAUUCGAUCACAAGCGAGACUUUAAACUGCCUCUCACUGAAGAGUUUGUCGAACAUUGCGCUGAGGGUGCCCUGUCAAUCGAAGUGUGGGGCCAUCGUUCAGCGGGGUUCAGUCGGGCACGCGGCAGCUGGGAGGUGGAGCAGCGACAGCUGGCCAAGGCGCGCUCGCUGGCGGACCGCUGGGCCGAGCUCACUCGCAAGAUACAGCUCUGGGUAGAGAUACACGAGCUCAACGACAACGGCGAGUACGCGCCUGUCGAGGUGACUCAACGCAGCGACAUGGUGACUGGUGGUGUGUACCAGCUGCGGCAAGGCCAGCAGCGGCGCGUGGCGGUGCGCGUACGUCCCGCACACAACUCCGGCACUCUGCCCAUCAUCUGCCAGCACAUCGUCAGCGUCGAGCUCGGCUCCGUCACUGUCAGAUCGCGCCUACAGAAGCCCCUAGACUCGUACCAGGAAGAAGACUUGGCGGUGUUGCGGGAGAGGUGGAGCGAGGCGCUCGCACGACGUCGGCAACACUUGCACGCCCAGCUACAGAAAUUGGUGAACAUGUCUCCGUCGAUGAAGAGCGAACGCGAUAUGGAAAGGGAGCAGUCGCUCGUGGAGCAAUGGGUGUCGCUCACAGAAGAAAGGAAUGCAGUGUUGGUGCCAAGUCCCGGCAGCCCGAUACCUGGUGCGCCGGCCGCGUGGAACCCACCGCCCGGCAUGGAGCAACACAUACCUGUUCUGUUUUUGGAUUUGAAUGCGGACGACCUGAGCACACAUCCGUCUGGUGAAGAAGUGACAGUGGCGGGGCUGAACUCCAUCCUGCCCAAGGAGCAUGGACACCGCUUCUACGAGUUACACUUGCUGCACCACCACGACAAGGAUGUCGCCGCAGUCGCCUCCUGGGAUUCCUCCAUACAUGACUCGCAGUACCUCAACAGAAUAACCGAACCCAAUGAACGCGUGUACCUGAUUCUUAAGACGACAGUGCGUCUGUCGCACCCCGCGCCCAUGGACCUGGUGCUGCGCAAGCGGCUCGCUCUCAACAUAUACAAGCGGCAAAGCCUUACUGACAGGAUACGGAAGAAAAUUGUCAGGACGGACCAGCUGACGCAGACGGGUGUGACAUACGAGGUGGUGUCCAACAUUCCCAAGGCGUCCGAGGAGUUGGAGGAGCGCGAGAGCCUCGCACAGAUCGCAGCCACCGGCGAGGAGGCCAGCGCUGCAGACGGCGAGACCUACAUAGAGAAGUACACUCGCGGCGUGAGCGCAGUGGAGAGCAUUCUGACGCUGGACCGGCUGCGGCAGAGUGUGGCGGUGAGAGAGCUGGAGCAGGCGCGCGGACACAACCUCACCAUGCGCAAGACCGCCUCCGUACCCAACUUCUCACAGAUAAUGCGCUUGGAUUCGUCUCUGGAGUCGCUCUCCGGGCUGGGCAACGCACGGUCGGGUAGUGUCGCCGACCUGGCCGUUGAGCCACCGCGGAGACAUCGGCAUUCGUACGCAGCGCCUGCGCAUACACCUGCGCACGCGCACGACCCCGACCCCUGCACACCGCCUAAAUCCUUUGGACUCGCGUCCCCGGCGAGUGGUAAGUUGGCGCUGCGCAUGACGACACUGCACGAGGAGCCCGGACGCCGCAAUGAUGACGACUCACACUCCGAGCCGGAGUCCGCGCCCAAUGAUGAACUAUCCACCCCACGCUCACAUCGCACGCGCGGCCGCGGCUCGUCGCGCGGCUUCCUGCCCACCUCCAAGACGCUAGACUCGUUGCACGAGCUGGCCUGCGAGCGCGCGCCCAACAAGAACUCGCCCUCUAUAUCUUCCAGCGGAUAUGGUUCUCAAGCGGUAUCAUCAACAAAUCUAACGAACGACGACACCCUGUCGAUCCGCAGCAUGUCGGUCGACGACACACCGGACUUCGACAAGACGAUGGACUACUCGCAGUUCACUCGAACCAAAUCCUCCGUGCUCGGCCUAAAGAAUGAGAUCUCCGAACUUAGGAACGAUAUCACCGAACUAAAGAACGAUAUAGUCGAAUCAAAGAACGAAUUGAACGAUUCCACGUUCGAGAAAGCGAAGACGCCGGCUCUGACGCCGGUGCUGACGCCGGGCUCUCGGAAUCGCAUCAAUCCCUUCUUGAGAGAUUGUGAGGUCGCUCAGGAGGCGCAAAGCGAACAGCUGGUGGAUCCUUUAGGUGCCAUCCCGGUGGAAACUCAUACCAUACCAACUAGUCCCACUUCUAAGACUAUUGAAAAUACACAAGUAAAUGGCGACUCUACACACAACGAUACGCGCACUUCCUACGGAGAGCCAGAGGGCGAGGGAGAGGCGGAGUCGACGAGCUCGGAACCAUCGAGCCGCGGGGAGGGCAGCGAGGCAGGUAGCGCGGAGGGCAGUGCGGAGGCGUCCUCAGUCGGUGAUAGUGACUCGGCCGGUCCGGACGCACCCGUCUCCACGCAGCUACCCGCAGGAAAAGUGGUGCGGCGGCGUGCGGGCGGCAGUGCGCGUGCGGCGGCGCGUGCGUCCUACCCCGCAGCACGGCCGCGCUCCGCCGUAGAGCCGGUCACUAGUGUGCGCCCGCUCGAUGACACGCCCGCCUCCUCCACUGAGCGCAUCGGUGAUGAAGAGUGUAUGGAGAGCGGCAAGACGUACGCGGCGCCGGAGUGGCUGUCGCUGGGCGAGAGCGUGCAGCUGCGGCUGAGCGCGGGCACGGGCGUCGUCGCCUACGUCGGGCCUACGCACUUCGCCCACGGACUCUGGGUCGGCGUUGAACUUGACGCGCCUAUUGGUAAGAACGAUGGGUCUGUGGGUGGUACGCGGUACUUCACGUGUCGGGCGCGGCACGGCAUCUUCGUGCGGCCCGACAAGUUGGUGCAGGACAGGCGAGGUCGCAGCGCACGCGCAUUCCGCGACGCAGAGCUACGCCGCGCCAACAACAAGGUUGACGGUGUUCACAAUUUACACCGGUCUCGGAGUCGCGGCGAGAGCAUAAACAUGCUCGGUACUAAAACUCGGAGUAAAUAAAUACCAACAGUCAACAGUCAACAGUCAACAGUCAUGGACAUUACUCCAUAUCCCUCCAAACCCCCCAACACCCCACUUUGCACCCAUUUUGCAUUAUGGUGCUUUAUUACCCCCUGUAUAAUUUAUCGUAUAUAUAAUCAUGUGAUGUUAUUAAGUGGGCAAAGCAAUAACUGUAUGCCGUUGUAUUUUUUUUUUUUCAAUUAUGUUAAACGACUUAAUUUUGUUGAAAGAAACGAAUCCCCUCGAGUUUGUUGAAUGCUCAAUAAUCAUACGAUGGUGGGACGUUUCAGCGUAUAUCUCGACACACUACUACAUUACUACACGUGUACCAUAACAUGAUACUUGUAAAUUAUUCAAAUGAAUAACUAUUUAUUGUAUGUAUUACUAUAGAAUGCGAUAGUGUCUUCGUUAGUGCUCUGACGUCACAGUUGACAAGUAUCAUUUUUUUGUGCACUGGUAGUAUUAUAUUUAGUGUUGCAUUAGUAGUUAUUUUAAUGUAAUAUCAUAAUAAUUUUUAUUCAUUGACCGUUUAUAGAAGUAAUUGUGUAUA